AUGAGCAGGGAAAAACAGGCCGCAUUCACCGACAGGGACCGGAAGGCUGGGGAGCCCAUGAUCCUGCCUGCAACCGUGGUUGGAGGGGAAGUGGGAACAUUCUACAUGGACUUUGUAUUGUGGAACCUGCAAAUGGACCGUUCCUUUCCCUUGAGCGAAUUGGUGGACACCGGGGCAACCUAUCCACAGGUGCCUCAGCACAUCUUGGAAGAACUGGGUGUGGAACGUUCUGACACAGUAAGAUUUCGCCUGGCUGACGGCUCCAGUACAGAACUUUCACUGGGCCACAUUUUCCUGGAAAUACAAGGGCGUUUAAGGCCCGUCAGUGUCAUAUUUGGCUCGGAAAGUAGCAGCGUCCUACUGGGUGCUUUGGCCCUGGAAGCGUUUGGGCUUGCUGCCGAUGUUUCGAACCAACGGCUUGUACCCGCAGACGUACUCUUGUAG